AUAGAUACACAUAGUCAUGUGUAUCUGCGUGUGAUGUACAUUUUCAUAACUGCAUUGGCUGAAACGAAGACUGAAACUCCAUCAAUAACAAAAAUAAUCAACCUAAAUUAGUGGUCUCCUCUUUUCGUCACGCACUUGAACCGUCAACGUCAUGUGUUAUCAACGUCAAACCACUUUAUUCUGUCAAUGUCAUCAUCAUCAAGUCGUAAUAAAUCUAUGCGACAAAAAGGUUUUGGUAAAUUAUUUUGUGUGGCGAAAGAAUGGGAAACGCAGGGAGUAAUCAACCCAAAGAAUGGCACCGAGACGCUGUGACGAAAGCUCCUGACGUUGGACCGUCGUCGCCAGUCAAAGAAGGCGAAGCGUUCACAUUUGACAAGAAGGUUGAUGAUGAUCGUAUUACCAGAGACGAAGAAAAUAACAUUGAAGAUGGUGCACCAUAUUAUACCAAAGCUGUUCCUGAAAGUGAUGUAGAAUAUAGUGGACCACGUGAGAGAUCGAAUACGUUGACUGACAGUAGCAAGAUUAUUGACGAUGUAAAAGUUUUGCCAACUGUUUUUAAAUGGGAAGGAGGGGGUAAACAGGUAUAUAUAAGUGGAACAUUUACUGACUGGAAAACAAUUCCUAUGGUCAAGUCCCAUGGAGAUUUUGUAACUAUAAUAGAUUUACCUGAAGGUGAACAUCAGUACAAGUAUUUUGUUGAUGGAGAAUGGCGACAUGACCCCACGGUGGUAGUAGAUAAUGGCAUGGGAAGUAAGAAUAAUUUGGUGACAGUUAAAAUGUCAGAUUUUGAAGUUUUCCAAGCUCUUGCAAAGGACAGUGAAGGUAUACAUAGCAGUGCGCAAACAGAGUAUUCACAGGAAAUACCUCAAUCCAAGCCAUGGGAGAAAGUUUCAGGGCCACCUAUUUUGCCCCCUCAUCUAUUACAAGUCAUUCUGAAUAAAGAUACACCAUUGUCUUGUGAGCCAACAUUGUUACCUGAACCUAAUCAUGUUAUGUUGAAUCACCUGUAUGCAUUGUCCAUCAAAGACGGUGUCAUGGUGUUGUCAGCCACCCACCGAUACAGAAAGAAGUAUGUCACAACAUUGCUUUACAAGCCAAUAUAAGUAUUAAAUCUGAUGAUCUGAUGUAUCAUAGUUUCCUAUAGCACAACAUUGCUUCCAUAAAUCAACUUACUAAUAAUAAACACUACAGCUAUUCCAAAUACAAGCGGUAUUUUUGCACUAAGUUUCUUCAUAAUUAUCUAAAGAUAUCAGGCACUAAAAUGAUCGCAGUGGGAUUGCAGUAUAAAGAGCUAUGAUAAAAACUACUAAAUCAUGUUAAAAGGUAUAGUAUUAUUGUUCUUUUAUUCAAUAUUUGUUUAUUUUGUAUUAGUACUAACGUAUCUGAAGUGCAAUGGUCUUAAUGGGGAAUACAUAAGCAUAAGUAUGGGACCCAGUUACUUCUGAUGAAGUUUCCUUUAGUGAUAUGAAUACAAAGGUGUCUGCACUAGUGUGUGUAAAUAAGAUCAAAUCAGUAUAAUAGUUGUAUUAUACAACAGUUUUUGACAAAUAAUAAUGGAUAAAAUGUUAUUACAUAUUUCUAAGUGCAGCCAGAUGUGAUAAUGUACUUUGUUUUAAAUUAUUGACUUGUUGUGAUUGUAACUAUUAGUUAGGUAUAAAUUUAACGUGCUUUUGUUAAAGUAUAAUUAUGUAAACAUUAGUGUGUAAAUAAAAGAUCUAUAUAAAAAUCUUGUAUUUAUUUAAUCAAUCUAAAAAAGUCAUUUCUUGUUAAUACAAGCAUCACUUAAAAAUUCCAAUUUUAAUAAUUAGCAAUGUACAAAACAAUAAUAUUGGGUUUUACCACAAUAUGGGGUCUGGUUGUGAUAAAUGCAGCUAUAAAUUAUAAUUAAAGAUCAAGGCCUGAAUGAGAAAAGAUUUAUUAAACCAGUGUUUGGGUUGUCAUUAAUUCUAAUAGGAGUUAUGAAUUUGUGCCAUAUACGAAGUUUUUAAAUAUUUUACCUACAAGAUGGGAAAUUCAAGGAUAAACUUCAUAAAAAUUUAUAUGGCAUAAGCAAAUGUUAUAUACUUGUGAUUAUUUAUCUCUGAUGACAUAUUUUCCAAAAACUUUCAAUGCAAAAUUAUAAAAAAACAUUAAGAUAUACAAAAUAUAUUUUUUAAUUAUUUUACAAAUAUACUUCAUUAAACAUUUUCUCCGGCUGAAACCGAUUUAAGAAAAAUAAUACUAUUUAUUAAUAAUGUUGACCUAAAUAAAGUGAAAAUGAUGUACCUAACCUAAUUAUUUUCUUUAACAAUUUGAGGGGUGAUGGAAACUUGUAGGUACUCAUUUUGAACUACAUAUAUUUUAUGCAAAAUUAAAAUAAAAUAACAGUAGGUAUUAUUUAAUCUAACGAUGUACAUUUAUACAUACGUCAUCUACUCACAAAAAUUGCGGUCAAUAUCACAAACUGUUUAAACAAAAAUUUAGAGAACAAAUACUUAUAUUUCUCUGAAAAUUAUUCUCCAACAUAUGUCGUAGC